CGGCUUAAUCGUCAAUCAGUUGAGAACUACCCUUGGAGUAAAGCAGUCGCUUGAUUUUCCUAACACACAUUUACAAGAAAAAUCAUCCGUUUUUUUCCUGCAUUGCUUUCAGUUGAACUGGCUCGGUGUCAGAUAUCAGCGAAAUUAAUCUAAGCAGCUUUUGACUGUCAGUGGCUUAUUGUCAAUACUCGGUGAGGUGGAAAAUCUUGUCUAGUUGUUUAUCACGGCGGAAACAGGUGCAGCGUUGUGUGUGAGCGUACUGGAGUUAGUCCGAACAUCCCAGUGAAGAAAAUCACAGCGAGUGGAAAAACAGACUUGGGUGACCGAGUGUGAAACGAAAAUAAAAGAAUUCGCUGUUGUUCAGCCAGCGUGCGAUUGAUUCGUUGUAAUUGCAAUCGACGUAUUGUUUCGCGUACCUAGCGGAGGUGAAUUUGAAAUUUGUGAUAAAUAUUUAUUUAAUUAACUUAACGUUAACGAUUACGCAAACGGGUGAUUUUUUCAUCGCGCCAACAAGAAACAAGAAAAAAAGCGUAAUAAUGGAGGAUAUUUGGGGAUACACUGAACUGAAUGGACCCCACGUUUGGCCAAAAAUGUACCCACAGGCAGCCGGCCAACGGCAAUCACCGGUCGACAUUGUCACAAAGAAAACGAAACAAUCGAGUGACCUGAAGAGUAAGCCCCUACGUUGGACCUACAUACCGGAGAACACACGCAGCCUCGUCAAUCCGGGCUACUGCUGGCGGGUGGAUGUCAACGGCAAGGGUUCCAAACUAACCGGGGGACCUCUAUCGGAUGAAACAUUCAUUCUGGAGCAGUUCCACUGUCACUGGGGCUGUUCGGAUUCGCGGGGCUCGGAACACACCGUGGACGGUGAAUCGUUUGCCGGGGAGCUGCAUCUGGUUCACUGGAACCAAACCAAGUAUAAAAGCUUUGCCGAAGCGGCUGGACAACCGGACGGGCUUGCUGUGCUGGGAGUGCUUUUGAAGGUCGGCAAACCACACCCCGAAUUGGACACCAUUGCGAGGCUGCUGCCCUUCAUCACCCACAAGGGCGAUCGAGUCACUCUCACCAAUCCACUGGACCCGGCCAACCUGCUGCCGGAGAGUAAGGCCUACUGGACCUAUCUCGGUUCACUGACGACGCCACCAUGCUCGGAGUCGGUUACCUGGAUCGUGUUCAAGGAACCGAUCGAGGUAUCCCACGGCCAGCUGGAAUUGUUCCGUGAGAUGCGUUGCUACGAUGCCCGCGAGGAGUGUCCCUGUGACGAUUCGCUUCACAAGACGUUCGAGUAUGGCAAGGUUAUCAACAACUAUCGGCCACCGUUGGAGUUGGGUAACCGCGAGCUGCGUGAGUAUGGUGAGCACUAGGAAGCUGGACCGCCGCACUUUUUGUAGUGAUUUGAACACUAAGUUUUUUGUGACAGAAAAGCAAUAGCAUUUCACUUGUGCGACCACGUCUUCACCCGAUGUUGUGAGCAGGAGAUGAGUUUGAAUUACAUAAUACGAUGUCCCUCUUCUGCAGUGGUGAGCAGAUCUUCAAGCUCCCAGUGAGCGGAAGUAUUUAGUUUCACACUGUAACAACAAUUAUUAAAAAUGUGUGGCUGUUUAAUUUAUAAAGAUAGGCGGCUAUUGAAGGAACCAGUUCGUGAGAAGCUAGAACAGAAACCUCCGCAAUGCUUUGAUAUUUGUAUGGACAUAACACAAAACUAUACAGCGUAAUUUAUGUAUAGAGUGAUUUCGAUGAAAAAUAGGUGUAGUGCAAUCCAUUGUUAAUGAUAUUUGAAGUUAUUUUUUAUUCAAAACUAUUUAGAAACGUUGCACUAGUGAGCGUAAUAUUACAUUAAUAUUUUCAGUGCAACCGUUAAACAUUUAAUCAUAAUUCAAAAGGGCCAUUUAGAAAAUAUCGUUGUAAUCUUAUAAAUUGAGUUAAUUUUAAACUCUUUGUUCACAUUUUGUUUCUAUUUUAAACAAUUUCGGUUGAUUUCAGCCACGUAUAGAGUAGCGUGAUAACAAAUGAGACCAAUUUUAGGAAUGCAUACAUAAAGUGCCUAAAGCAAAUGCAACAGACAGCAGUCAAUAAGUUAACACCUGGGAAUUUAGAAACCAAAAGCCGUGUACAGUAUUUAUAUCAACAGAAGGUACAAUAUUUGCCACUUUGAACGGUUUCAUUAGGCUGGUAUUCCCAAAUAUUGUUUGUAAUGUGCAUGUUUAGGAAGUGCUGUUAGAUACAUAUUUACACGAGCACAUCACACACCACCCGAGUGAGGGGUAAUUAUUGUUAUUGUAACAGUAUAUUGUGAGUAAAUUUGAAAUAAAAUGUACAACAAAAUGUUAGCAAAA